AUGCUGUACACUCUCCUUCUCGUUUCAGUAUGCUCAUCAUCCAUUCCACUGCUGCUUUUCGUGCUGAUGCCUUUCUCACUGACCACUUUGGCUGGUCCUUCAACGCUCAUUGCUGUUAUCGUGACGUUUUUGGUGGUCUUGAUGUCAUCCAUUCAUAUGGCCGAGCUGACAGCUGCUCUGCCAAAGAACUGUGUCCUCUACCAGUUCUCUUUUGCCACUCUUGGCGAAUUACCAGCGUUCAUUGCUGGAUGGACGGCUGUUUUGGAUGCGGUAUGUAUCACGACAAUCCUUUGUCGGGCAUGGAGUGAACAUGUG